AUGAGCAACAUUCUGAUUCAAGCUCGAGUACACAAGUUUUUAUUCACUGCGGAUAUCAAACAAAUGUAUCGACAAAUCCAAAUUCAUGCAACCGAUCGGGAAUAUUUACGCAUUCUUUGGCGUUUUGAACCAGACUCACCAAUACAAGAAUAUCGCCAAUGUACGGUCACAUAUGGUACCUGUUGUCCUCCACACCAAGCACUACGAACGAUGCAAUAUCUGGCAACAAUUGACGAGUCAAGGUUUCCAAUUGCUGCUAAGGUGCUGAAGAAUGACAUGUUUGUUGACGACAUUCUUACAGAAGCUCAGUCAGAAGAGGAUACAUUACUCUGCCAACAACAGGUGAUUGCUCUGUGUGCUCAGGGGAAGUUCCAACUUAGGAAGUGGGCUAGUAAUCUACCCAGCAUCUUACAAGCGGUACCCACCUCUGAAUGCUCUAUGGAUCCCGCUGUACUAUUCGAUGACGAAGGGCAAGCAAUACUCAAGAUCCUUGGCAUGUAUUGGAAUCCCACACAGGACUACUUUUCGUACAACUAUCAUAGUCCAAGUCUCACGACAACUAAACGUUCGGUCUUAUCAGAUAUGGCACGUAUCUUCGAUCCUUUGGGUUUCUUAGCACCCGUUACCUUCCUGGCCAAAUAUGUAAUGCAAUUAUUAUGGACCUCUGGAAUUGGUUGGGACGAUCUCAUCCCCAAACAAAUACUCACAAUUUGGAAGCGGUAUCAACAGGAGCUAAAAGGCAUACAAGCAGUUACUGUUCCUCGUCGAAUCACGUUAGAUGGGCGUCCAACAUAUGAGUUACAUACAUUUUCCGACAGCACGGAAAAAGGUUAUGCUGCAGUCGUAUAUUUGCGUUGUAUUAGUGGUUCCACGAUUCAAUGCCACCUCAUCACAGCAAAAUCAAAGGUAGCCCCACUUAAACACGUCACCAUUCCUCGGUUGGAACUCCGCGGAGCGCUACUUGCUGCAAAAUUGUUGCACUCAGUCCAUCACAUCUUCGCCUCGAUCAUACCCAUCACUACAAUGCACGCAUGGACUGACUCAACCACCGCUCUGGCUUGGAUUAAAUCAUCGCCUCACCGUUGGGCAACGUUCGUCGCCAACCGUACAAGUCAAUUACAGGAACUGACACCACCAUCUAUAUAG